AUGAAUAACGAUGAUGAUAGUCUUCAACCAGUUAAAUAUUUAGGUAAAGUACGUUCAUUAUAUGCUUAUGGAAUGGGUGUAGCUAUUGAACCUGUACGUACUGUUUGGAAUCGAUCAAAAAAAGGUUCACGUUAUAAUCGUUGUGCAAUAUCAAUACAUCCAUUUGGUUUGUCGAUUUAUGAAGAAAUAUCUAGUGGAACAUAUAAAAAUGUUUGGUCAGAUGCUAUUGAAGAUAUAUCAUAUUGUGUUGCUGAACCAUUACAUCGUCGUAUAUUUGCAUGGAUAGCACGAUCACCACAUACAAAUGAACUUGAAUGUCAUGUUAUAUUAUGUAAAACAAGUAAACGUGCACGUAUACUUGCUGAAUUAUUAGCUAAAUCAUUUCAUGAUUCAUAUCGUUAUCGACAAGAACAACAACAACAACGAAUAAAUGAAACAUCAUCAUUAUCUGCUCGUUGUUCUGUAUGUGAUACAAUUGCUCGACAACAACAAAAUAAUCGAAUACGUCCAUCUCUAUUUCGAAGUCAUUCACAUGAUCAUAAUUAUAAUGAUGAUUUGGAACAAAAUCAACAACAAAUUAAUAAUGAUUAUGAACGAAUGUCAUUUAAUGCAGCAACAAUUGCACGAGCAUUUGUAAGAAAUUAUGACGGAAGUUCAAUGAAUAGCAGUAGUCGUCGAAGUAUUGAUAAUGAUACAACAUUAGCUGAUGAAGAAUCAAUUAAACCAGUUGAAUAUUAUCGAGGAUAG